GUCUACAAAAAGUUCAGUCAAUGAUCGAAUGCACGAACAAAAUUUUUGAAGAGAAAACUUCUUUAUAAUCGCUCACUUGUGUUCUCAAUGCUAAUUAAAAUUAUUUUGGUUACAUGAAAAGUUGAGCUUCUAUCGUUAACUUGAAGGAGAAAUAUUUUAGAGAAAAAAGAAAAUAGAACUUUCUUUGCAAAACUAGGAGCGUGUAAUAAAUAUAUCAUUCCUAAUCACAAAUUAACAAUGUCUACAUUUAAGUCAAAUGAUUCGAAAAAAGAGGAGUACAGGAAAUAUUUGGAAAGAGCAGGUGUUAUGGAUGCCCUUACUAAGUUACUCGUAUCACUUUAUGAAGAAUCUGAAAAACCAAAUGAUGCAUUAGAAUAUAUACGUAAGAAUCUUGGAGACUUGGCAGAAAACAAUUUAGAAGUUAUUACGUUAAAAAAAGAAUUAGACAAUGCUAAAACAAAGAUUGCUGAGUUGCAAGAAAAACUAGCAAAAUAUGAACAAAAUGAAAUGAACAAUUAAAUGUUCAUUUUCGUAUAACUAAACGCUGACAAAGUAAUACUAAUUGUAUCUUUUUAAGAAUAUUCUUCAAAUUUGGAAUGUUUAAACGUAAAAAAGAAAUAAAAAUUAACAUUUAA